AUGGCAGCGCCAGCGACCCUGCCAGCAUUGCUGGACUCUCUUACCAAAUCCCUCUCGUCUACUUUAGAAGCAGCGCCGAAGCUCGGCGACAUUGAGCUCCCAAAGGAUGGGAUUUCGCUCCUCGAUGUCAAGAACGAACUCCUACUCUCCUAUCUGCAGAACCUCGUCUUCCUGAUUCUUCUCAAGUUGCGGCAUGCAAAAGCUGGGACAACACGAACGGACACCGAGGAACAAAACCUCGACGACCUCGUCGUAGCAAAGCUCGUUGAACUACGACUGUACCUCGAGAAGGGCGCACGGCCGCUUGAAGACAAGCUUCGGUUCCAAAUAGACAAGGUCCUUCGCGCAGCCGACGAUGCUGAGCGCAAUGCGAAGGCAGCGGAAGCCGCGGCAAAGGCAAACGGGGACAAGCCGGGCCACGGCUCAGACUCUGAGUCCGCGUCCGGGAGCGAUGAAGCGGGAUCCGACGAGGAGGCUGGACAAGAGGACAUGAUAGACGGAAGAAAGAUUUCCGACCUACAGCACCGACCUAACCUGUCCGGAUUCCACCGUCCGGCCGGCGCCACAGGCUCUAGCAAGGACAAGGACACAUCGGGUGUCUACCGCCCGCCAAGAAUUGCCCCGGUGGUUAUGCCAACCACCGACAGGCGGGAGAAGGGCGACCGGCGGCCGCUCAAGUCGGCCACGCUUGACGAGUUCAUCGCCGAUGAGGUGUCCACAGCGCCGAUUGCCGAGCCCAGCAUUGGUACCACGAUUGUGAAUGGCGGCCGCAAGAUCAAGACAGCCUCGGAACGGCGAAAGGAGGAGGAGAGGCGGGAAUACGAAGAGCGGAAUUUUGUGCGGUUACCUAAGGAGAGCAAGAAGGAGCGCGCUAAGAGGGCCAGACUGGAGGGCCGUAGCGGGCGGCUCAACUUCGGAGGCGAGGAAUGGCGGGAUCUCAGCGAAGGCGUCGACAGGAUCAGCCGGUUGACGCAGGGCAAGAGCUCCGGUGGGGGGACCAAGGCUCUGCUCGAGAAGAGCCGCAAGAGAGGCAUCGACACCGUCGAUGGAGCGCGCGGAAGCGGGGUCAAUGUGGGAGAGAGAUACCAAAAACGACUCAAGGUGCUCGAGGCAGGCCGGGGCACAAGAGGCAAGGGGCGGUGA